AUGCCUACCAUACCAAACGACGUUCGUAAUUAUAUAAAAUUAGACCGUUUGAUAGGUCAUUCAUAUGGCACACUUCGACAACUGUUUAAAACGCGCUAUUCAUUGUUCAACAAUGGUCAAGUAUGGGAUGAUUCACCAACAUGUGGAGGGAAUUAUUAUGCGAAUGUCAUUGCGAAAAAUAAAGGAUUUCAUUUGACUUCAGUUCAAAAGAUUUCGGUUCAAAGUAGUAACUCAAGUGAAUGGGAUCUAACAACGUUAAUCGCUCUUUUAUCGAAUAUUAACCGACCAAAAACAUUAUCGAAUGCACAAAUUCAACAGCUCCAGAUGGAAGAUAAUCAUUUAGCACAAUUACGAACUAUUCGGAAUGAAUUAGCUCAUCACGCCACUAAAACCGUUUCUGAUGUUGAAUUUAAUCAACUUUGGAAUCGAAUAUCAACAAUUUUAGUUGCAUUCGGAGAAGAUGAUACUGAAUUGGAUAAGCUUAAAGACGAUAGCUCGUAUGAUAGAAGCGAUCAACCAAUAAAUGAAGCGAAUGUUCAGGAAGCUUCACGGCUGAAUUCGCUUGGCACCCGAGCUCAUAAAGAUCGGAAAUAUUCCGAUGCAAUCGCAUUCUUUACCAAAGCAAUUAUAUUAGCAGGUGUUAGCGAUCAUGAUCGAGCUAUUUUCUAUUCGAACAUGUCUUCUAGUCGUCUCGCAUUGUACGAAUUAAAAUCUGGCGCUUCGAGUAUAUCAGAGAUCGAGAAUCCUGCUGAUCUACGUUACCGUGUAUUACAGGACGCGAAACAGGCUCGAAAUCUAUGGCAAACAUGGUGGAAAGCGCAUUAUCGUGUUGGCAAAGCUUAUGCCAGCUCAAACGAACACGAAAAGGCAAUUAAAUCCUUUGAACGAGCAUCAGCUCUUGAUCCAUCCAAUGUUGAAGUACAAACUGCGUUAACUGACAGUCGACAGAUACAUGCGCGUCAAGUUCGUCAUGAACAUCUCGAUCCAAGACUACAGCCAAAGACAAGAGCCGAAGUAUUAAACGAAAUGAAAGAAAACAUGGGCGUAAGUUUAGAACGUUCGCGGCUGGCAGAUAGCAGGAUUGGAAAAAUAAAUCCUACCGCAGGCGAUGUAUUGCAAGGACAUAAAUAUGAACAUGGAGAUAUAGAUUGUAAACAAGAUUAUGAGCAAGCUGCCAAGUACUUCGCUAAAGCGGCAAGUCAAGGCAAUGCUGAAGGUUUAUAUAAUUUAGCUCGAUUAACUGGUCUUGGUUUAGGCGUUAAAAAAGACAUUCAAUUAUCUUAUAAGUUAUUGGAGCAAGCAGCUGCCCAGUCGCCUCAACAUCCAGUACUGCCACACCUUCCAAAUGUUGGUGUUGCAGAAGCUGAGCAUUCUCUCGGAUUGCGAUAUGCGGAUGGCGUAGGUGUUCAUAAAAACUUAGCGACAGCCGCAUACUGGUAUGAACGUGGUGCUAAACAUGGCUGUGCAAACUCAGCGAAUAAUCUGGGUGUAAUGUAUUUAGAGGGUGCUGGCGUUGAGAAGAAUCUCGACAAAGCCGAGCAACUGAUAGAAAUGGCAGCAAGAGGAGGUGACCCAAAUGCCAUGCAAACCUUAGCGACAAUCUUGUUUGAUAAAAAUGAUCUAAAAAUGGCAAAAAUUUGGUUUGAUCGUGCAUGCGAAUCCGGUAAUGUUUUAGCUCAAACAAAUCGCAAUGAAUUUGAAAAGCGUCUUCAAGGAAAGCAGAAACUACUUGACGAAUAUCCUCCAGAGAAGUUACGCAUUAUGGAUGUUAUUCAGAAUAUAUUGGAUUCGUUUAAAUCCAAAGGAUCUGUCAGUAAUACGUCUAAUCAAUCCUACAUCGCUAAUUAUAAAGUAUUCAUUGAAUAUGCCAAUCGUGGCUCAUUAACAGCCAAGAAGAUGUACAAUGCUAUAGAACAUUUUUGCCGAGCAUUAUCCGUUCUUAUGAAAUCCGAAACAUUGUCCGAGCAAGAAGAAAAUCUAUUUAUACAAGAACUUUCGCAAUGUUAUCGCCUUGAACAUAUUGUUGCCCAAUAUUUCACAGUUGAAAUGCGUCAGAAAGCUUGUGAUACUGUCGACGGNAAAACCAUGAGAUCCUUGUUGAGUUUGACGACACCAGGAUAUGCAACGGUAUCAUAUUUACCCGAAAAAACGUACACAGGAUCGUUGGCAAUGUUGGCAGGAUCAUCGAUGCUACCAGCUGAUUUAUAUGAAUUAAUUUUCGAUUGA